AUGCCGCAGCCCAACAAGCCUUCGUCCAAAGGGAGGCACUUCGUUUUGUUGAAUGAGCGGGUCGUCUUUCUACGUCUUCUCUUUCGCUGGAAGGGUUCGAUCUGGCGCCUCCUUCUGGGCGACCUGGUCUUCUUCAUCAUCAGCUACUUUCUCGUCACGAUGGCCUACAGGUAUGUGCUCAUCUCCUAUCCCAACCUGAAGCUGGGCUUCGAGGGUUUCGUCAGCUACAUGGACAAGAUCGCCAACUUGGUGCCCGUGUCCUUCUUGCUGGGCUUUUUCGUAUCCACCAUCCUCACUCGUUGGUGGGCCUUCGUUCGCUCCAUUCCCGGUAUGACAUCGCCCGCCUUUCUGGUGCACGCCUUUGUCGGAGGGGAAGAACAGGAAGUUGACAGUACCGGUUUUCGUAUCCGACGCACUCUGAUGCGCUACAUGAACCUAGCUUGGAUCCUGGCCAUGAUCAAGCUGAGUUGGUCGAUACGAAACCGCUUCCUGCUGCGUCACUUUCCAGAGUCACGUCUGAUGGAGAAAGGUAAGAGACACCAGAAAUCUGCUGAGGACAGGCGGGCAUUCAAACUGUGUAUCUGUGCCUCGAACAAACAGCCCAAGGGCAAAGUGAGGACAGCCCAGAUCAUUCAAGUUAUCAACGAAGACUCGUCUAUAAAAAAGUUCUUCGGACAGAUAAUCACACAGGAGGAGGCCGAAAUCUUUCUUGAAAUCGAAAGGGAAGAAGGUGAGAAGUAUGCAUGUCUCGGCGACAUCACAGCCAAUAACGCUUUUUUUGACUGUUAA